UGGGGAACAGUGGCUUCAUGUUGUGCUGCACAGAAGGCGAUGCUGUUUUGUAUAAGAUUUGCUUUCUGUUAGCGCCCUCCGUGAAUGCCUCACCAGACUUGAGUGUGGAUGGAGGUUAUAUUUAGCGCUAGACCCAGGGAGGAAAAAAGAAUCGCGGUGUUGACGGUGAUUCCUCUGAAUGGUUGAGUGGUUUUGUCAAGGACCUGCUGCAGGAGAGAGGGAGGAGGGGUACGGUCGAUGCGCAGGAAUACCAAAAUAGGACCGAGCUGUGUGAGACUGUCCUGCUGGAGCUAAAUUAAGAAUCAUCUGUUUAGGAGCGUAGCAUUCAAAAAGAAGACAGAGCCGAAUGUGUGUGUGAACAGCACAGGGCAUUCAUGGAAACAAGGUUAAAGAUACAAUGUCACAUAUCCAUGAGAUCUACACAUACGACUUCUGUGAUGGAGACCACACAGCAGAGCUCCUGGAUGCGUUCAGGCAUUUCUACAUGAACGGCCUCUUCACGGACGUGUCUCUACAAUGUGGAGAGUCCGGCCAGGUGUUCAACUGUCACAAGGCUCUGCUGUCAGCCCGCAGCUCCUAUUUCAAAGUCAUGUUCACAGCUGAUAUGAGGGAGAGGUCCAACAGAGUCAUAAAGCUGACUGGGGUGGACUGCAUUGUCCUCGGUGCUCUGUUGAACUAUGUGUACACGGCUCAGGUGCGCAUCACUGAAAGCAACGUGCAAAGCCUGCUGGAGGCUGCAGACCUCCUGCAGUUUCUCUCCGUCAAACAAGCAUGUGAGGAGUUCCUCACUCGCCUCCUGGAUGUGGGGAACUGCCUGGGCAUGCACGCUUUUGCACAGCUGCACCUGUGUCCCGGCCUGGAGAGGGAGGCCCGCAGGGUGACGCUGAGUUGCUUCACAGAGCUUAUUCAGCAGGAGGAGUUCCUGGAGCUGGAUCAUGAGAGGAUCAGAUCGGUCUUGGUGGCUCAGAGCCUCACUGUGCAGAGGGACGAGGUGUUGAUAGAUGCUGUAGCCAUGUGGGUAACUCAUGACUUGGAUAACCGUGUGCACCAUGCUGCAGACUUGCUGCGCUGCAUCCAUCUGGACUUGGACGAGAUGUACUUUAAGGCUUCUCUAGAGGUGCAGAGACCGAGCCCGCUGACAGGGGAAGGGAAAUUAAAAGCAUUGAUGAAUCAGGCGUUAAGGUCCAAUGGCAAGGAUGUGUCUGCAGGUAGAAAAAUGCCAUCGAGCAUGUACGUCAUCGGUGGUUACUACUGGCACCCUCUCUGUGAAGUCCACAUUUGGGAUCCCAUCAGCGACACCUGGGUGCAGGGAAAAGACAUGCCCGACCAUGCCAGAGAAAGCUACAGCGUCAGUUUACUAGGAGCAAACAUCUAUGUGACAGGAGGUUACAGGACGAACACUGUGGAGGCUCUGGACACGGUGUCAGUUUAUAACUGUGACUACGAUGAGUGGACGGAGGGUUGUCCCAUGAUCACAGCUAGAUACUACCACUGCUCUGUGGCUUUGCACGGCUGUGUCUAUGCCAUCGGAGGCUACAGAGGAGGAGCACCAGAGCAGGAGACAGAAUUUUAUGAUCCUUUGAAGAAGAAGUGGUUCCCUGUGGCAAAACUGAUCCAAGGUGUUGGAAAUGCCACUGCCUGUGUAAUGGGAGACAAAAUCUAUGUAACUGGAGGUCACUAUGGAUACAGAGGAAACUGCACCUAUGAAAAAAUCCAGGUCUACAAACCAGAUGUGAAUGAGUGGAGUAUCUUCACAAUAAGUCCCCAUCCGGAGUACGGGCUGUGUUCUGUGUCGCUUCACAACAAGCUGUAUUUGGUUGGCGGGCAGACGACUAUUGCCGACUGCUACGACACAGAGAGUAACGAGUGGAGACCAAUAUCAGUGAUGAAGGAGAGGAGGAUGGAGUGUGGGGCUGUGGUGAUAAAUGACUGUAUUUAUGUAUCAGGAGGUUAUUCCUAUUCAAAAGGGACUUAUCUGCAGAGUAUUGAGAAAUAUGACCCACAGCUGGACUCCUGGGAGGUUGUUGGAACUCUUCCCAGCCCGUCAAGAUCACAUGGGAGUGUCUGUGUUUUCAGUGUUUAGUGUCAAACCCUUUUCAGAGGUGUCAUUUGUGCCAAAAAGGUCAAAUAUUAACUGUAUUAUGUCAGGUGCACUAUCACCCAAUAUGAAGUAUGUGACCAUGUUUUGCACUGGAUUACUGUGUUUACAGUGCAGGUCUAACAACACUGUGAACUUAAUGAAGAACACGCUCUUCACUUAAUACUCAGGGGCUACACGGUUAGCAUUUAAGUUAACAUUUGAUAAUUAUGUUUAGAUUGAAGGAAUCACCCAAAAGAUCUUGUCUGAGUGCUAUUUAAAUUCUAUUUACAUUUACAAUGAAUCCAAUUCAGACUACAUGUCCAAAUAAAAGUGUUUGAAAAUGUUUUUAAUUUGUCCACCUUGCCAUUAUAUUGAAAUUAUUAUUACUACCCUCAUGAUGUGAUACCUGCUUAAAUAUAUCAGUGUACCACAUAAGGCACAUUGCAUAUAAAGUUUAAUCCUACUUUUUGUCAACCAUAA